AUGACGUUGGUGGACGACACCGUGAGGCUUGUGGACGGAGGCCACAGAUGUUCUGGACAGCUGGAGGUGCGGUCCGGUCAGUCGUGGACUCCGGUGUGCGGGUCCCACUUCAGCUCCGGCGCGGCGGCGGUGGCCUGCCGGCAGCUCAGCUGUGGCUUCGCCAACACGUUCUACACGUUCUACAGUUCUGCUCGUCACAACUGCAGCUGGAGUCCAGAGUUCAGGUGUGAAGGCAACGAGACGAAGCUGCAGGACUGUAGCCGGGCUCCUCUGAACGCCUCCAAGGAAACGCUGCAGCACUGCAGUCCUGCUCACCUGGUCUGUACAGAGCGUCCUCGGAGGCCCUCCAUCAGCGUCCUCAGCCGGCUGGAGGUCUACGGGGACAGCGUGGAGGUUCUAAAGGGGCAUCGAUUCGCCGUCUCCUGCUCCUUCUCUUCCUCCUACAGGGUUCUCUCCAUGCGCCUGACGACCGCCUCGGUCCGGCUGACGCAGCGCCCCGUGGACGGCGUCGCCAUCUUCCUGUUUCCUGCCGCGGACGAGGCCCACGCGGGGAACUACACCUGCGACUACAACUACGAAUCCAGUCCGGACGUCUUCUCCGAGCCAGAGAGCCUCACCCUGCGUGUGAAAGAGCUCCGGGACCUGCGGCUGGUCGGGUCAGGACUCCGCUGUGCUGGGCGGCUGGAGCUGGGCUUCACGUCGGGCUGGAGGCCGCUGAGCUCCCUGAAGUCCUGGAGCCUGAAGGAGGCGUCGGUGGUCUGCAGGCAGCUCGGCUGUGGUUCUGCCGCUUCCACCCGUCAGGUCGGACUCUCGGACCAGCUCCAGCCCACCUGGAGGUUCUUCUCCGACUGCGACGGCUCUGAGCGGGCUCUGAUGGACUGUGGAGCCGUGAGCAGGUUCUCUGAAGCAGCGAGUCCAGACAAGUCGGUGUGGAGAGGCCACAGCUUCACCAUCAGGUGCUCCGUGGAGCCUCGGUUCUAUGGAGGCCACUUCAGCCUCCGGUUCUCCGGAUCCAACAGGAACCAGAGCUGGACCGCGGCAGCUCAGAACUACUCGGCCAGCUUCAGGUUCUCUGGGGCGGACGAGGAACAUCAGGGGAACUACAGCUGCGUUUAUCACAACCGCGUCUUCAACCACAACUUGUCCUCGGAGGGUCUGAGCCUCUCCGUCGCCGUGGAAGGUGGAACGUUUUACAAAAGUUCUGUCUACGUCAGAAAGACAACGGUUCUUAUAUGGUUCUUCAAAAUGCCAUCACUAGCUGAAGAACCUCCUGAUUUAGAGGACGGUUCUUCGUGA